CGUCCCUGCUGUGCGCAGAUAUCAGUGGCAGUGCUGCUGGUGACAUAUUACACCAGGAUGAGCACCACUAACACAAGUGCUGUGUCCCUGCCUGCCAGGCCAGAAGCUGCUGUAUACUGUCACCCCCGGGCCCCCAGGGUUGUGAACGAAGAGAAUCUAGACGCUACCUCACUCCCAGUCACACCUGUCGCCCUGAUUAAUUACGUAAAUCAGCCAGCAGCGGCAGCUGACCAUUCCGUCCGGGACUACAUCUCCCACAAUCCCCUAUAAGGCACAGCGUGUGGAGCAUUCUGGGAGUUGUAGGAAAAUCUCGCAGCGUAUUAGCCAAUGAUAAUUCCCUGUCUAUACACACACGCACGUCUAGCUAAGAGCUGCAUGCCUAUUGGCUGUGUGUCCGGAGAGGCGUGUGUCGGGCAGCAGCAGCGGGAAGUUGGAGCUGUUCUGUCAUGUAUACACUGGCGCUGCCGGCCCUGUGCUGCCGGCUCUGCAUGUGAUGCCGCGGACAUGUCCUCAGUGCAGGCCGGGAGAUCCGUCUUCCUCCAGCUGUUCCAGGCGCGCUGCAGUGAGACAGAUUUAGGUCCCAUAAGCGUGAACUGGUUUGAAGAACUUACAGCAGAAGCUGCACAGUCUCAGCCCAGACUAUAUAACCAUGAAGAGAUGAAAGUGGAUGGGCAGUUUGAUCACUGUUUCAAGACCCCAAAACAGAAGCAGCCUUAUUACAGUCAGUUAGACUCUACACCAACUAUAUUCAAAGAGCAGUGUCUACGCUCACCCCUGUUCCUUUCACCAACAAGAGAUCAAUGUAAAAAUCAUGUUGUGUCAGAAAACAUGAAUGACGUUAAUAAGCCAGAGAGGAUCUCAUGUGACAACACAGGACAACUUCUCAGAAAGGAAGUCUUUGGUUCCUCAAGUAUAAGUCUUGCUGACAGCCCUGUUGCCAUGAAAGAAAUAUUUAAGACUCCUUUUUGGGAUCAAAAAUACACACACAGGACACCGCAGCGCGAUGGGAAAAUCGAAAUCUGUGAUAGCUUAUUUUGCACACCGAAGUUGAUCAGGAACCAAACUCCAAAAAGUAUUUCUGAGAUUCUUGGUGCAGAAGCAGAUUCAGAUAUUUCCUGGUCAAGUUCCUUAGCUACGCCACCAUCUCCAACCGUGAUCAUCGCCCAGGCUAAUUACGAGGCUCCUAAAAUGAGGACCUUUGAUAAGAAAGAUGCAGUGAUUGUGCAGAGUCUCUUCUCCAAGUUGGAUAAUGCAGUGCAGAUGGUUUCUUUAGCCCCACCAUCGGAUACAAAGGUGGACAAUGACACACAUACAAAGAUGUCUGCCGAUUCAGCAGCACCCGAUAAAACAGGUAAUUGUGCAGUUAAAGCUGCUGAUUCCACAGAGGCACAACAAGAGAAAACUGUUCUGAACGUAGUCCAAAAUGAAGAUGGUUGCCAAGGAGUUGGAACUAUGAUUGAAGGAAUGGAAGACGUCUUGUCAAUCUUUUUCAGCGAAAAACGGAGGAAUGUAAAAAUUGAUCAUCGCAUUAAGAGAAGAAAUAGGACACAGAGUCGCGCUCGCCAAAACAAUGCUCUAGUGCUAGAAAACAUUGAGGAGGAAAAGGUAUUGCUAACACUGGAGAAUCCGCUUGGGAUAGAUAACCACAAAUACAGCAAGUGUAGACAAGGCAAUGAGCAUGAUGGGCAUCAGAAAACCUCUACUAGAGAAUUGUCUUCAUCAUAUGACUGGUCUCCACUUAACCUACCUGACUUUAACACUACACAGGAGGAGAACCUACCUAUUGAUACAGUGUGUUAUGGCUGUGCAAACAUUCCAACAUGUAGCAAUUCACAACCACACAGCGACGACUGCACUUCAGAAGCAAACUGUACUAGAGCUAUCGUGUCCAACAUACACAGUCAGGACAGAUGUGCUUUGGACCCUUCUCAAACCACACACCAUGAAAAAGGUCCUGAUGGAGACCCUGCUUGCAGAGACACAAGAGACUUUCACAGUCUAGAUGGGCUUGUUCGUUCAUCAUCCAUAGCAGCAAAUCAUGAAGAUCUUUGGAAACAUAGUGAUAUAGCCAACCACAAAGUGAAAACUGUGCUAUCUACAUUGAAAAGACAAACAAAGUUUCUGUACAGCUUAAACAGUGAGAUACAUAAUCAAGAUAGUGAAUGUGCAAAGCACAUGGAUGGGACCACAUACCAUGAACCUUCAAAUAGUCCUGAAAGACCUGAUGCCCAAAUCGGAGGAAGUCAAAAAGCAUUGGACAUGGAGAAUGCAGCAUGUGUACAUAGCCAGCCAGAAGUACAAUUAUUUAGAAUGGGACUUAGCGAAGACUUUAAAAAUGACAGUGUUGUCUUCCACGCAGUGGAUGAAAGAGUCUUGGACAUAAAUCAAACAGAAACACAUUCAAAUGCUACAGAUACAACAACAAGUGUUAAUACACUGAGUGUGGAGUCAAGCAUAACAACCACUGUUGGUGGCCUUGCUAGAAAGCUUGCAGUGACAGAAUCCCUUAGCAUCUCAGCAGAGCAUGAUAUGUUGUGCGAUAAUGCAGCUCAACGCACUAAUUCUGCACACAGCUGCACCAAUGAAAGUGUCCUAUGUUCCGAUGUGACUGGGGAUCUGCAUAUAAAUCGUGACACAAAACGGAGACCUGCUAACUCCAGCUGCAGAGUUGGUGCUUCUAAAUGCACAGAACAAGACAACAGCUCUGAACUAAGCCUUUCAAAAAGAGAUUUUGAUUCUGCUAACAAAACAUGUAACCUUUUGUAUAAGACAAAUGUUCAAGAUUUGCAUAUUUCAGAGGAACAUCAAAGAAAAGUAGAACCUCUAGCUACAGAGGACUCAUCUUUGUAUCGUGUACGUCCUAUUGCACACACUACUGUAGAUAGCAAAGACUCUUUAGAGGUCACACCUGGUCUUGAUGAUCCUGCUUUAGCAAUGAUAUUUAAGGGCUUCAAAACAGCAUCACAUAAGGAAAUAGUGAUCACAGAGAGUAAAAUUGCUGCCGGAAGUCUCUUAUUUAAAGAUAUUGAAGAUACCAUUGAUCCAUACCCAUUUUAUGGCGGCAAAGCAAACUCAAUUGAUCCGUUCCCUAAGACAGGCAACAUGAAGCCUGACCAGGAUGAAACUGCAAACAGAACAGAAAUUAAAAUGUCAAAGAUUUUGGGCAAGAUGCCAUUUGGGGAAAUAAAAGAGAAAAACCAAAAAUUAAAUAUUGCACGUCCAUCUGUACAGUCUUAUUUAGCAGAUGGUGAAAUAAAUUCACAUAUAAAUGACCAAAGUAAGAUUUUGCCACCUGAAACUAAUCAAAGCAUCAAGAAGAAUACAGCCAGUAGCAUAAACUGUACACCAGCUGAGAUAAACCCGAUAAACUUACUUGUUGCCUCCACUAAAAUACACUCUCAUUUCUAUGACAUCUUGACUGAAAGCCAAAAAGCUGAAGUCAACGAACUCUCUUCUAUUCUAGAGAACGCAGACAGUCAGUUUGACUUUACGCAAGUUAAGAAGGUGAAUAUACGGCCAUUAAAUAGAGAUGACCUACAAAUUCCAAAAGAGAGCGUUAGUGAAUCUCAGAAGCUCAAUAAUUCAGAUGUUUGGAAAGAUGUGGACUUCAAUGAUAGCUUCGCUACUGAAGGAGAAAGUAUAGAAAACAAUGUUUCUGUUGUCACACUGGCUUCUGAAAGUAACAGUCACACUGGCACGCAUGCUUGUGGCUCCGCACAUACUAGAGUGGCACCAAGCUCAUCAAUGAAGCAAAAUAAAGGAAUAUAUGGAGAAUUUAGCUUGGCAAGCGGUAAAUCUAUUUGCAUUGCUGAUGAAGGUUUGGCCAAGGCUAUUAAGCUAUUCAGUGAUCUAGAUGACAUCCCUCUGUUGCCCAAUUACCCAUCAGAAGAUAAUAGCCGCAAAAGAACACCAGAGCUAAAUUGUUUAUCAGUUUCUGAAUCUAUUGAUGAUCUGCAUGCUAAUAAAGAAUGCAGUGCUGAUACACAGGGUGUUAAUGGGAUACUACAAAGUACAAGCCCUUGCGCUGUAGAAUCCUGUCCAGAAAUCAAGGAACAAGGUUUAAUUCACAGUGAGCCCUCCGUGACGGAACAGUCGUGUUUCAAAAAUUCUAAUCUGCCUGAGAUGGAGAACAGUGACUUGUGUGGUACAAGUGAGCAUAGCAAUUGUUCAGUGUUAGCAGAGUGUGUACCCAUUUGUGAUACUGUAUCCAGUGGUUAUGGAAAACCUGCGUCAGCACUGCCAAUUGGAUUUGCUACAGGCAGAGGAAAGCUCAUUAAUAUCAAUAAAUCCUCUUUAGAGAAAGCAAGAUCUCUGUUUAAUGAUAUAUUAGAGCCAUCUGAUAAAUGUGAAGACCUCUGCAGGACACGCACAGUACAUGGCUCCUCAAGCUCGCUUCUGAAACCAAAUUCAGCUAUAGUUUGUCCCAGUGACAAAGUGAUGGAGACCACUAUAUCUGCUAUUGACCGGCCUCCAGUUGGCUUUAGUACAAUAAGUUAUAAAGAUUCAUUAGCUUCUAGUGAUUCUCUCCAGGGAGAAAGGGAAAUGUUUAAGAAUAUGUCUAGAAAAGAAGUGAAUAAAAAUGCAGGUUUGCCUCAGGAAGAGGUUUCCAUCCCAAAGAUGGCAUGUUUUAGCACUGCUGGUGGUAAACCUGUUCAGCUCUCUAAUGAGUCUUUGAAGAGAGCACGGGAAAUGUUUGCUGAAAUAGAUGACAUGCAGGUGGCCCACCAGCAAACACCUGUGAGUGUCUGGGCUGCUUCUACAGUCAAGCAAAGUCAUGAAGGGAAGAUCAAUCCCAGUAACCUGCAAGAACUACAGAAAAAUUCUCUGCAAGGAAUGGAAAAACAUGUUGAGCUCCUUCCACGGGGAGUCAGUGCAGCAUGUAGUAAAAAUGUAGCAGUCUCUCACAAUGAUCACCAGGUUACCACUGACCCAUGUACUGAAGGUGCAUCUGGUGUACCCCCUUCAGGAAAUAUAGAUUUGCCCAUGUUAAACAUUCCCAUCUCAAAGAUGACCUUUUUUAACACUGCAGGUGGUAAACCUGUUCAUCUGUCAAAUGAGUCAUUGAAGAAAGCUCGGGAAAUGUUUGCUGACCUGGAUAAUAGCCAUGUGGCAGAUCAGGAAAAAGAUGGUUCUUCAGUCAUGCAAAGAGAAGGGAAAGUCAAACCCAGGUUCCUGAAUACCAAUAGCCUGCAGGAUGAACAAAAAACUCCUAUGGAAAUGCAUACAAGUAACCUGCCUCCACUAGGCUUCAGUACAGCGAGUGGCAAAACUGUAGCAGUCUCUCAUGAGUCGCUGCAGAAAUCAAGACUGAUGUUUUCUGAUUCUGGUGAUAUGGAUGCUGUAUCAGAGACUGAACAUAGAUUUCUGCCCCCUCAUGUUAAUACUGGAAAAGUAGACAGAGUGUGUGGUGGUGCCUCGGAUCCCUUGGAACACAACAAGAGAUUUGAGAUGAGCGUAACCAAAGUCAACCGAGGAAAAGUAGCUCUUAAUCAGACCACCGCUGGCCCUUGUUCCACAGUGCUAUGUAGUGUAUCUUUACCAAAUAUAUCUGAUAUUAAAGGGGUAAAUGAGGUAUGUUUGCCUCCGCAAGAGAGUCCCAUCUCAAAGAUGGCCUGUUUUACAACAGCACGUGGUAACCCUGUUCAUGUGUCAGAUGAGGCUUUGAAAAAAGCUAAGGAGAUGUACGCUGAGAUAGAUGAUGGACAGAUAGCUGAUCUGCAACCCAAUGUAACGGUUUGGCCGGGUUCCAAAGUCAAGCAGCAUGGUAAAGGUAAGAUGAAGACCAGCUCCGUAAGUAACGGCAACCUAGAAGCGGUACAGAAACAUACUGUGCUAGAACAAGUAGCAUCUGUUGACCGAUCUACUCCCGCCUUCAGUACAGCGAGUGGAAAGACUGUAGUAGUCUCUGCCGAUUCUCUCCAAAAAGCGAAGCUGAUGUUUGCAGAUACAGAUAAUACAGCAGCCACAGAGGGUAGAGCUUUGAAUAAAGUGCAGGGGAGCAGCUUGUCGCUAGGUGCAUAUCAGGUGAAGAAAACCGAUAUUAACAGAUGUUUGUUGUCUGGGAAACAGAACACAAUGGUUAGUCAUAACAUUGCAGUUGCGGAUUUGAGAAAUAACUCUGGAAUACAAGUGGUGGAAAAUGAUUCCGUACCCAGGUUGCCAUAUUUUAGCACUGCAAGUGGCAGGUCUGUGACCAUGUCAGAGGAGUCAUUGAAGAAAGCUCGGGAGAUGUUUUGUGAAAUAGAUAGCUGCUCCUCACAGCAUGGCCAACUUGAAGGCCCUCUAGAUAACCAUUCUAAAUGGAUAACAAAAACGGAGAAGCCUAACAGAGAGAGGUUGCAAAAAACGUCAGACCUAAAGUAUUCACCAGAUGCAGCAUCUAAAAAUUCAUUGGGAUUCAGCACUGCAAGUGGGAAACAGGUGUGUGUUUCAGAAAGUGCACUGCAGAAAGUUAAGGGUUUAUUUGAUGAAUUCAGUACCAUUGAACGUUUACAGGAAAACUCGAGUACAAAUCAUGAGUCUACACAAAUCAAUGUUCUAACACCUAUUACUAACAAACCUGAGCAUACUGCAGACUCCAUUACCAAGAUCAUCAACUCUCACAAUGACAUGCCUAAUUCUGUAGUAUGUGAUAGUGUUGGCACAAAGUCAGAUGGCUCUUUUGAUGUCCAAAUGGAUAAUAUUCCACUUCCGAUGCUUGGAAGGCAUUCUACACCCUUCCAUGGCACUGGGGCAAGCAUUGCAAAGAAGCUGAAAUCAAAUUUGUAUUUUACGUCUUCACAAACCCCAGAAAAUGAUUUUGAAUUGGAAGCAGCAGAAAGUGCUAAAGCAUUUAUGAACGAUGAAGAUCUGACUGAUGCAGAAAUAAGGACAGAGAAAUUGUUUUUAAGUCCAGACAAGGCUCCAAAUAUUCGAAAUGGAAAAAGAUUAAGACCUGAUGAUGGAAUCCCACGUGGAGAACCUCCAAUCAAACGACAGCUUUUACCCGAGUUUGACAGAUCAUUAGAAAAUGAAUCCAUAUUAACUUUGAAGCCCCUGACCAGCAGUCCUGGUAAUCUUAAGGACAGAAGAAGGUUUUUGUACAGUGUUUCUUUAAAGCCAUUAUCGUGUGAUCCUGAAAGUUUUUCAAAAGGAAGACAGGAUGCCCCGGUGUCUAAGCUCAAUACACAAAACCAUUUUCAUGCUAAAUCAAGUCUUUUUCAACGCUCUUUGGCAGUCAAGGCAGCCGAUCGUAAAAGUCCAUCUGUGUUGAAAACUAAUACAGGCACACUUGUACAACCUUUUAAGAAGAAACUUUGCAUGGUGUCAGAUGAUCAGACGAAGACUCCAACAAGACAGCACUCUAGUAGUGCUACAGAAAAUCCUCUGACUGAAGAUAUCACAGAAGUGGGGAUAUCAUAUUCAGGAAACAAUACAGAAGACUACACUCAUUUGGUCCCAAACCUGCGCUGUGCCAGAGACAUGCAGGAAAUGAGGAUACGUAAGAAACAAAGGUGUAAGAUUAGGCCACAUCCGGGCUCAUUGUAUCGGCUAAAAACGUCUUCUGCAGACAGAAUAUCACUGGUGUCGGCUGUAGGAGGGAGGCGGCCUACCGUGUAUACUAAGGCUCAGUUGUACAGACUUGGUGUUGUGAAGAAUCACAUUGGAAUCAAUAGUGAACGUGCAAGAACAUUUGAAUUUCACUGCAGGGAUUAUUUCUCGAUGGAAUGUCUAUUGCCUAGUGGCGGCGUGCAGAUAGCAGAUGGUGGAUGGCUGGUACCCUCUGAUACAUUAACUGCAGGCAGACUGGAGUUCUACAGAGCUCUAUGUGACACUCCAGGGGUGGACCCCAAGCUCAUCUCACCAGAAUGGGUGUUCAAUCACUACCGAUGGAUUGUGUGGAAACUGGCUGCAAUGGAAGUGAUGUUCCCCGAGGUGUUUGCUAGCAGAUGCCUGACACCGGACAGAGUGCUCUUACAGCUCAAGUACAGAUAUGAUGUGGAAAUUGAUCAAAGCAGACGAUCAGCCAUCAGAAGGAUAAUGGAGAGAGAUGACACACCAGCUAAGACGCUAGUCCUUUGUGUCUCUAAAAUCUUUACACAAGGAAACGGUGAUAAAAGCGAAGGCGGUGACGCAAAGCAAGUGUCUGUGGUCAUUGAGGUGACUGAUGGCUGGUAUGGUAUCAGGGUCCUACUGGACACUGCGCUCACGUCUCUGCUGCGCACUGGGCGGAUGUUUGUUGGCCAGAAGAUAAUAGUACAUGCAGCAGAACUGAUAGGCUCAGAGGACGCAUGCACACCUCUCGAAGCUCCAGACUCACUUAUGUUAAAGAUUGCAGCUAACAGCACUCGCCCUGCUUGCUGGUAUACCAGACUUGGGUAUUACAGUGACCCAAGGCCUUUUUGUCUCCGUCUGUCCUCUCUCUUUGCUGGAGGUGGUAUAGCGGGGUGCGUUGAUGUGGUCAUACAAAGGAUUUACCCUAUGCAGUGGAUGGAAAAAAUGGCCAAUGGUACGUAUGUGUUCCGCAAUGAGCGGGCGGAGGAGAGAGAGGCGGAGAGGCACUCGGCAAAGCAACAAAAAAAUAUUGAAAUAUUAUUUGGCAAGAUUCAGGAACAGUUUGAACAGCAAGAAGCUUGCGCUAGGGGUACCAAAGGAUCCAAAUGCCGUUCUUUAAGUGGACCUCAAAUCUCUGCGCUUCAAGAUGGUGCAGAAAUCUACGAAGCCAUUUAUAAUGAGCCUGACCCGGACUACCUGGAGUCUUGUCUGAGUAGUGAGCAGCUCCGGGCACUAAACCAUCACAGACAAACGCUAAAUGAUAGGAAGCAGGCCCAGAUCCAGGCUGACUUCAGGAAAGCCAUUGAGUCUGCUGAACAGGGAGCUUCUGGCUGUGCGAGGAGGGAUGUGACACCUGUGUGGAAGAUGAGGAUCAUGGACUACAAACAACAGGACGAUGCUUCAGCCUGCACAUUAAACAUAUGGCGCCCAUUACCUGAUGUAAUGUCACUACUAAAAGAGGGGGGACGUUUCAAAAUGUACCAGCUGGCGGCUUCCCAGUCGAAAAGCAAAUCAACAGCAGCAGGAGUGCAGCUAACGGCUACAAAGAAGACGCAGUUUCAGCAGCUGCAGGCCUCACAGAAUAUCUUGGAACAGAUUUAUACAGAGAGACAAGUGACAGAGUUCAGUUGUUUUCUGAAGCCUGAUUUCACAGCGGCAUAUGGAGAGGUGGAUGUGGUGGGAUUGGUUAUCUCCACACAGCAAAAAACAGGUGCUGCUCCAAUGGUGUAUCUAUCUGAUGAGACUUAUACUAUUGUAGCUAUAAAGUUCUGGACUGACUUAGCACAGCUCUCCCUGGAGGAGCUCAGCAAGCCAUGUACAUUUAUCGCUGCUAGUAACCUGCACUGGAGAUCGGAGUAUGUGUCUGGAAUUCCUAUAGUGUUUGCUGGUGAUCUGUCCGUUGUUGUUGCAAAUCCCAAAGAGCAUCAUCUACAGAAAGCAAUUCAGAAACUUCGCCAUUCUGUCCAGUCUGUUCAGGAGUAUUGCAGCGAAGCGGAGCUCAAGCUGAUGAAUGUCCUGCAAGUCCGUCAUCCUGAGGAAAGGCGGUCUUUAUAUCCACACACUCCUAUGGGUGCCGGAGGCAGGAGUUCAACACCAGUACCCAGUACCAGAAAACCCCAAAUGAAUCCUGCAUAUACACCUGAUGGGAAUAAUACAGUAUGUAGCAAAAGUAGCGAUAUGGAUGUGAAGACAUGCAAGAAGAUGAAAGGUUUGGACUUCCUUGUCCGAAUACCUUCCCCUCCACCCCUCACUCCUGUCCGGCCAAUUGUAUCCCCAUCAUUGCAAAGGGAAUUUCGGCCUCCUCGCAGCUUGCAGAAGGAAGUCCUCAUAAGUGGAAAACCGUUUCUUAAUACGGCUACUAGAAGCCCCAUUAACUCGGAAAGCGGUUUUGUCGGUGAUGACGAACUAGCCAUGAUUAAUACACAAGGCCUAGUUUCAGGUUCAGAAGCUAGGAAAAUAGAGGCACAACCGGAAACCUGCAGAUCCGUCUCAGAAGUGUCAGAUGGUGACCUCCAGAAAGACAGGAACUCUCCUAACCAUUUACAGAAAAUGCCCAAACCCUUAAACAGCAAAGAUCCCCCAAGUGCGGACUCCGAUAAGACUAAAGAAGAGGGCCAUUUAAUUUACCCAGGAAAACUGCGCAGAAAAACAAGACACAAAAGGUGAUCAUAUGGUAUCAUUGCUUCAAGGAAGACACUGAAACUGUAUAUAUCUGUACAAUGUUU